AUGGAUUUCUCAUUCCAUUCACAAAAUUUCGACAGGGCGCAGAUUUCAGGCCAAGGAGAUUCGAAACCCGGUCUCUUGUCACAACCAGAAGCGCCAUAUCAGCCCGGUCUAUCUGACUGGGCAAGAUGGAGAUCCCAGCCAGCUCCCAUGCCUCCUCACCAAUAUCAAGGUUACAGCUUUCCUCGUGUUGCUGACGAUGAGCCAUACGGCUUGGAUCCGUUGCCUCAGGAGCUCCUCGGAGAUCCAAACGCAUAUAUUGAUGUCUACCGCUCGCAUGUCACCCCCACCAUGGCUGGCGCACCCUCAGAGGUAUUGGGCCCCCAGGAUGGAGAGGGUCACUCAGAUUGGCCACUUUUGCAAUCCUCCCCUGCCUUCAAAGCCCAGUCAUACAACUAUCCUCAGUUGGAGUCUCUUCAGCCACCUCCAGACUCCCCACCAUCGCCACUUUCUGAGGUCUCCUCCUACCACUCCCCUCAUUCACUCGCUGCUUCGAGUCCGGGAAUGACGGCUCAGACAGCAGACCGUCUCUCUCCCCGCUCAAGCACUGGUGAAAAUAACCAGGAGCGCCAGGGUCACCCUCCUUACUCUGUUCUCAUCUACCAGGCCUUGAAGGAAGCUCCGGGAAACAAGCUUCAACUCCAAAACAUUUACUCCUGGUUCGAAGCAAAUACAGACAAGGGAGGGGACCCGAGCGCAAAGGGAUGGCAAAACAGUAUCCGCCAUAAUCUCUCAAUGAACGCGGUAACUCUCACUUUCCAUGCUUCAUUCUUUCAGUUCCCGCAAUACGGAUUCGAGGCAGUGAAGGAAGAAGUUGGUCCAGGCAAAAGGGCAGUGAGCUUCUGGAGGCUGACACCGGAAGCCAUCCGCAGCGGUGGCAUUCAAUCAACUACCCGCUACCGCAAGCUUCAACACCAAAAGAAAGGAGUGAGCUCAGGCCAUCGCGGGGCCACACGUCAGCAGUCGGAGUCCAAGGGGGUCCACGCCACGAAGGUCGUCAAAUCACGCAGUGCGAGCAGCCCACAUAACGAGCGCACCGAAGCAUAUCAUCGGCGGCAAGUGAUAGGCACGAACCCUAGCUUCGGACAUGAAUACGGCCCCACGAGCCUUCCAGCGAUGCAAAGAUACAUGCAGCACCCCAUAGGCCCUGUUGUCGGAUGCACAUCGAUGAUACCAGGCAAUAAUACGAUCUUCAUGGAUACCAUGGAACCAGGACCAGCAUUUGACGCGGGACAUACCCAUGAUUGGUACACUACAGAGUCGGGCUUCAACAGGGUCCACAACCCACUCGAAAGUCCCAGUCGAUCAUGA